AUGCCCUCUUUGGGAAACAACUGGGCUGCAUGGUGCUGGGGCAUCGUGCUGGGGCAUCGUGCUGGGGCAUGGUGCUGGGAUGCAUGUUGCUGGGAUGCAUGGUGCUGGGGCAUGGUGCUGGGCGGCAUGGUGCUGGGCGGCAUGGUGCUGGGCGGCACGGUGCUGGGCGGCAUGGUGCUGGGCGGCAUGGUGCCGAGCUGCCACUUGGAUGACGUUUUCCUCUUUCUCUCUCCGUUCUGUCUCCCUUCCAUACCCCUCCGCUCCCCUCCCCUUCCCCUUGCUGCCCCUUUCCUCCCCUUCCCCUACCCUUGCCCUCCCCUUUCUCUCCCCUCUCCCUUCCCUCUCCCUUCCCUUUCCAUCUCGCUCCCUCCUUGUUCCCUCCCGUUUCCUUCCCCUUCCCCUUCCCUUCCCCACUCCUUCCCCUCCCCUUCCCUCCCCCUCCCCUCCCCCUCCCCUUCCCUCCCUUUCCGAUCCCCCUCCCCUUCCCGUUCCCUUCCCCACCACCGUAAGUUGGCAGAUGCGCCAUAA